AUGGCCACGACACAGCCUAUCAACCAGAAUGUCACGGGUUCUGACCUUCUUGAUGAUCCCACCCAGUCUCGCCCCGGCCUGGGAAUCGACAACACUGUUCAGGAUUUGAUGCAGCGUUUGAAGCACCUGGAAGCCGAGAAUCAGCGGCUCAGUCGCAACUCUGGCGAGGCCCCUACCAAUAUAUCCCAGCCAGGAGAUAUUUUCAAGGUUCUCCACCGUAUGGGAAGAAGCAUUUACCUUGACGAACCGUCGUGGCAGAGCCACAACAAAAGCGGGACCGAGCUUCGGUUUUCAAGCUUUAUACCAAGCACAGAGGGUUACCUGGCUCGACAUCCAGAAAUUGCGUUCUUGAUAAUUAAAGACUACGACGAAUCUGAAUUGAAGCUGGAGCAUGGCAAGACUACUGCUGAGAGUGUACAGCCCUCCAGCCAGUGCAUACAGUUCGUCAGCCCAGAGAUGAAAGCCGCAGUGGAAGAGUUGAUCAGCAAAGUCCCCAGCAAUGCUAUACUAUUUCCCGAUUUCACCAGUGAAAAUGAAAUGACAGCGCCAUACUUGCCAAUAUACUGUGCCUCAUUCAUGCUGGAUAAUAUUUUACCUGAAUUGGACCCUGCUCACCAGUUUUUGAUCAAGGCACUGCACAGCGCGAUAGAAGAGAGCUAUGGCCCUGUCUGGACGCUUGCAAAAGAACAAUUUAAAAGAGGGGUCAUCUCACCAAGAACGGCCCCUUUUUUGGUACAACCUGGUCAAGUUAUGGUCUCAACUACGGGAAAGGCUGCACAGGCGUAUAUGGCAACCUCCUGGCCCGAAAGGCUCCCAGGUCCGAGUUCAGAGUCUGCCGGUGAGCAUGAUAGUCCCGAUGAGCUAGAUGACUUGAUGGAUCUGUUCAAUGACUCCAUCAAAGAAGAUGGCAAGCUGAAAACGACCGGUCACAAUGCGACGGCAUUGGAGGAAUUGUUCCCUGCUUCUUCCAAGACAAGUAGACCCCGUGACCACGGUAAACACAAGGCACGGAACGAGAACCGGAGGCAGACGGUCCGGGUAUGUGAAUGGGUUGUGGAUAUGUGGUGCUGGACCUAUCAGGGCUCCCUCCAGAAGAGAGCAGGGUCUCGGAGUUUCCGUAUGGAGUUUUCCGAAGAUACUGAAGAGGUCAGGAUCGAUGAAUUGGGGAUAUAUCCGCUGCAAUAUGCAUCCGCCGAGACAAAGUCAUUGCUCGAGCGACGAGGGAGGAUUUUCUGGAAACUGCGGAACAGGGCCUUCGUCAGCUAUCAAGAAGACGACGAUAUGGGGUUCAGCAAUGCCGAGGAACGAUACAUGGUAGACACGGCUACCUACAAGAGGCUUCACGGCGACGCAAAAGAAACUGCGGCACAACAGAGUGCCCAAAAGAAGAAUCAGCAAACCGAGGACUCGGGGCCUCCCAAAGGCAAUGCUAUCUAUCUAUUUCCACCUACUGUCAUUGGGUAUAACAUGCGGGUCAAGAAAUGGGUGGAUCUCUUUGUCGAUCGGAUAUCCGAAGUGAAAUGGAACGACCAAGCCUUCGCCAGCUUGGUGAUCAACCAUGACAGCAAAGAGCUUGUUGAAGCUCUCGUGGGCUCCAAAUUAGAAGCCGAAAAAGCCACAGAUCUGGUUGCGGGCAAGGGAAAUGGCCUCAUCAUCCUCCUGCAUGGAGGCCCUGGGACUGGCAAAACGUUCACCGCGGAAGGCGUGGCUGAAUUUGCGCGCAAGCCCCUCUAUCGGGUGACUUGUGGAGAUAUUGGCACGACGCCAGAAGCGGUCGAAGUUUACCUACAGUCGGUCCUGCAUUUAGGGAAGAUCUGGGACUGUGUGGUUCUACUCGACGAGGCGGAUGUCUUUCUGGAAGAACGAGGCCAAGCCGAGCUGCAACGAAACGCCUUGGUCUCUGUCUUCCUGCGCUGUCUUGAAUACUACGACGGCAUCCUCAUUCUGACUUCGAAUCGCGUGGGCACGUUUGACGAGGCCUUCAAGUCACGUAUCCAGCUGUCCCUGCACUAUGAGAGGUUGAUCGAGCCCCAACGACGCCAGAUCUGGCGGAAUUUUAUAAAGCGACUGGGCGAGCUGGAUCGACCCAAUGUCAAUGCAGACGACGUCCUCGACCACCUCGACGAGCUGGGUAAGCACCAACUUAAUGGCCGUGAGAUACGCAACACCAUUACCACCGCAAGGCAACUGGCGCAAUAUAACAAGCAAAUCUUCGAGUACCGGCACCUGCAGCGUGUCAUUGAGGUAUCGUCACGGUUCGAGACGUACCUCAAGGAUCUCAGGGAGGGCCAUUCGGACGAAGAGAUUAAGCGGGACUCGGGGUUGAGAUAG